AUGGUCUUGUUCCGCAGGCUCCAGUCCACGGACUCCCUGACAGUCUACGAGACGACACUCCGAGCGAUUGCUAUUGAAGGAGGGGAAGGUGCUGAGAUUCGUCGUCCCGUUGUCGAAGCCAAGGCGGUCGUUGAGCAGCGUAUCUCCCACUUCGUCAUGGGACUGGGUAUCAUUGGUACCAUGACAGGACCCUUGCUCAUUGUUCUGCAUACAAUGCCUACAGCCGUCUUCGCUGGCGUUUUCUUCAACAUUGGCUGGGGCUCCAUACAAUCGAAUGGGAUGGUGCAAAAGGCCGUCUUUUUGAUGCAGGAGAACCAUUUCGUUCAGCAGGACGAGCCUCUCCUCAGUGCCCGGAAGCGGAAGGUCCUAUUGUUUACUGCAUUGCAAGGUACCGGGGUUGCUGCAACUGUGGCCAUAUCCCAGACUAUUGCUGCAAUCGGGUUUCCGGUCUUGAUUAUCCUCCUUAUUCCCCUUCGUGUAUGGACUCUUCCUAAGUGGCUCAGUGAGCAGGAGUUGGAUGUUCUUGACGACCUCACAGCGGAUAGUAGUGCUUCCUUGGUAGCUUGGGCGGCCCUCCCAAGUUCCUAUGUCAGACGGUGA